GAGCCGUUCGACAUCCUGGUCAACAAGAGCAGCGCGCUGGAGUGGGGGGCCGAGUGGGAGAAGGUGUCGUACGGCGGCAGCGAGGGGCUUCGCCUCAAGCGGGCGCCCUCCGCGGGCGCCUUCCGCGAGUGGGGCCGGGCCCACCCGGACCGGCUGCUGCUGCCGCGGGACGUGGCCAUCGAGGUGCGCAGGGAGGACCCAGACCACGGCUCGGCCCACACGUACGCCGACAUGGAGAAGAUGCUGGCGGGGGGCGGGGUCCUCUCUGAGGAGCAACGCGUGGUGCCUGGCCCCGUGAGCGUCGCCCUCGAGAAGCCCCGCGACCAGCCCAUCGGCCUGGGCUGGAAGGCCCUCGCCCCGCAGGGCGCGCAGGCCCGCCUGCGCAUCACGAGCAUCGAGGGCGGGGGGCUGUUCGACGAGAGCGCGGGGGCCGACCCCGAGCGCGCGGGCCAGAGGGCGGUGAUCGUCGGAGACACGAUCCUGCAGGUGAGGAGGACGGACCCAGGUGAGGCGCGCCUCGCGCGGUCCAGCGAGGAGAUGGAGCACCUGCUGGGCAGGGUGGGGUCGCUUGAGGUGGUGGUGCACCGCGAGGCCCCGCGCGACGACUACCGCUGCACCCCCGGGCUGAACAACUUACCGAGCGAAUGGACACAUUCGAAGAAGGCCUGGUGCUGCGACCAGCUCGCAUCUUCAGGCUUGUUGCAGACCUUAGACGAAUGCAAGUCCGCGGAUGCACCUUCGGACGCGAACGCGUCCUCGACGACCCCAGCGGAUGAUCCUGACUCGUUCGAUUGCGCCGCUGGUUUGGACAAGGCCGGGCGCGGCUGGUCCGAGGCGAAGAAAGCUUGGUGCUGUGCCCACGAGCAGAAAGGCUGCGAGGAGCCCGCGGACACGUCGGCCAGUGCUGCCAGUGUGCCAGACACGUCGGACAGGCAGGCGACCCAGGAGGGCCAGGCCCUCGUCAUCGUGAGCGGGGACGACGCACACGACGACUUCAACGACAAGUAUCAGGACGUCGUCGAGUGGACGAUCAGGUCCGUCUUCGGCUACACCGAGGUGCAGCUCGCGGCAGCCCCGAGGCUCUUGCGGCCGGCGCACGGCCCGUCGCUGUCUGGGAACGCAAGCGGGCCGCUCCGGGACCGGGACGACGGAGGCAGCCGUGUCUUCCACUACGACAUGAAGGGCACGUGCAGGCCUGGCUGCAAGGUCGACAGGCCACCCAAGGAGAGGAGCAACGAGGAGUUCCGCCACGAACUGGAGCAGAACCUGGACGCCUACAACGCCCACAUCAGGGUCGGGGACGCCCGGGUGUGCUUCGGCGCCGGCUGCCAGCUGCGCCCCAACCUUCCCUUGGAGUUCGCGGCACAGGCGGCGCGGUGGGGCGUGGCGCUCUUCGGCGUGGCCCUGGCUGCGCUGGGCCUGGCCGUGCUCGGGGCCCGGUGCGCGGGGGAGCAGCGGGGGCCCGCCGCCGCGUGCAAGGAGGAGCAGCGGAGGCCCUUUGUCGUGCACGAGAGUGACGCGGCCCCCUCGCAGGAGCCCCUCCCGCUGGCGGGCCCCUUUGCCGUGGACGAGAGCGACGCUGAUGCCCCCUCGCUGGGGCGGCCCCCGCUGGCGGUCCCCUUUGCCGUGGACGAGAGCGACGCUGAUCUCCCCUCGCUGGGGCCGCCCCCGCUGGCGGGCCCCUUUGCCGUGGACGAGAGCGACGCCGAUGCCCCCGCGCUGGAGCCGCCCCCGCCGCUGCAGCAGCCUCCCACGGACACGCUGCCGACGGAGGCGCCCCGCCUGCCCGCGGAGAUGCCGGCGAAGGUGUCGAUGAUCGAGUGGCUGGACGGGCUGGCGGGCCCCAGCCCCCGAGCCGGCAGCCCUUGGGAGCUGGACCCAGACUAG